AUGGUGUACGAGUGGGAGGGCAAGCGGGACAUCUGCUACAAGAUGUACAUCGAGGAGAAGAAGGCGUUGGAGGAUAUCAUGGAAUACAUGCGGACGCAGUUCAAACGAUGGGGGUUCCCUUCGAAGCAGAACCCAGCCCACAAAAACACAGAACUUGUUGCGCGGAUAAAGCAGCUAUGGGAAGCCAAUACAACGCAGCGGGAUAUGAUUCGCAUUCUUAACGAGGAAGGGUUUACUAUCAAAGAGCGAGAGGUCAUGAGGUCGUCAGCUGCUGCGGCACCCGUGUCCACCGCCACCGCCGCCGCGAUUGUGGCUACCGAGGAAGAGAACGGGUUGUUGGAGUUGCAGAGAGAUACGUACAAGGGCUCGGAGGGUGACGGGAGUGCAGAGGCACAUGAAGAAGCUGGGGCCGAUGCUUCCUCUGCUUCUCCUGAUAUGUUGCCCGAGGAUAUCGCCGCGAGGCGUAAGGAGAGGCUAGAGAGGCUAAAGAUUGAAAGCGAAGAGCGAUGGGCGACCAAAAGACGCAGACGACGGACUCGAGGAUGGGCUGGAUUACCGGCUGAUCCCCCCGGUCCUCCGCGAUUCCCUUCAGAGACGACCAUAGACCAGAGUAAGAAAUAUCUCUGCCUGGAUAACAAUAAAUAUCGAGAACUACGCGACCAUUUUCAGCGAAUAUGCGAGGAAGCCGGCUUCAUCAAGAAGACCAUUGCCGGUCCUGAGAAAUGGCAGAUGGCGAAGGAUCGACUGAUUCAGGAAUCCACGCAUCUUCAGGCAGUGUUCUGGGGUGACCCUGCUCUGAUUGAUACAAAGGCACUCGCCCUCGACGUCGUCUGCACCGAUGUUACGAAACGGAUGCGCACGCUUGAACGGCGAAUGACGAUAGCCGAAGCUAAAAACACCCUUAGGAUAAACCCCGAGGAAAGCAGGCAGGUUCGAAACGCAUUCUACGAUACGCUCAAGGCUGGCCAUUUUACCAGUAAACUGGAAGCUGGCGACGAGCAAUGGAGAGAGUUGAAGGAUCGAUGGAUUCGGGACUCCGAGCUGCUUCAGCGUAUCUUAAACUCCCCAUCUACGGAUACCGAACAUGCAACGAAACUCAAGGCCAUCGAGGUCCUCUGCCGCGAUGUGAUGAAGAGACUCCGUGAUGACCAGACCAAACGAGAUCCCUCGCGAAAGAGAGCUCAUCCGGGAGCCAGCGCGCCGAAGCAGCAGUCAAACAAGGAGCCAAAGGUCUCGACACCGAUCUCUACAACCGUCCCCAAUCGUAUCAGCACUCUGGCAUCCGAAGCCCUUGCGAGUGCUCCUAUCGUCUCCGGAGACAUGGGUGACAUACAGAUAGACCCGUCCUUACUUCAAGCUGCAAACGAUCCAUCUUUCCAGGUUAAUUCAACCCAUCAGCAUGACAGUUCACAUGCUCUCAACUACGUUGAGCCCAUCCUCCAAACGCCCGUGAAUCCAACGCCUCUAUAUUUCCAUAUACACCCCCAGUCUGCUCCGACGUGUCUCGAGGACCCUGAGCCAUGGAUUGACAAGCUCUCCGUCCAAUCGCUCGCGGGACUGCACAAUACGAUCAUGACGAGGGUCAAGAAUGCGCAACAGGUAGUGAGAAUCGAAGGCAUCGACACGGCAGACCGUAGCCACAGCCACCAAGCCUCUGUAGUUAUUAGUGAUGACAGUGAGCUCGAUGCCUAUCUUGAACAGAUGAAGGGGCGAGAAGCGACGUUUGUGGUGCUGCUGCGUUAG